AUGGGAACGCUGAAACUAGAAUACCCUAAUUUGCAUAACACCCUUAUAAAUAAAGCAGCAGCCGCCUUUGCUUUCACGUUGUUGUUCAGCUACUGGGAAGUUUUGAAAAAAAUCCUUGAAAUGCCAGAACCAGCGAAAUCUGCUCCUGCUCCGAAGAAGGGCUCAAAAAAAGCCGUGACCAAGACUCAGAAGAAGGGGGAUAAAAAGCGGAAGAGAACCAGGAAAGAGAGCUACUCCAUCUACGUGUACAAGGUGCUGAAGCAGGUGCACCCGGACACCGGCAUCUCGUCCAAAGCCAUGGGCAUCAUGAACUCCUUCGUCAACGACAUCUUCGAGCGCAUCGCCGGGGAGGCGUCCCGCCUGGCGCACUACAACAAGCGCUCGACCAUCACGUCCCGGGAGAUCCAGACCGCCGUGCGCCUGCUGCUGCCCGGGGAGCUGGCCAAGCACGCCGUGUCCGAGGGCACCAAGGCUGUCACCAAGUACACCAGCUCCAAGUAGACACGCUAUAUUAGCAACACUGUUAAUACCUAACCAACUAAAAGGCUCUUUUAAGAGCCA